AUGGACCUGACUGGGCAGUUCCCUCCCUCCGUCUUCCCAACAGCUUCCUUCACCCAACCCUCAUCAUAUGCUGCCCAGUACUCUGAAUUGCAUGAUUUCAAUGCGGAACCAUCCGGGUCAGAAUCUCCUCCGGCACCUGGUGCCCCAGGAGCACCACCUAUGAGCUUGAUCCUAACGAUUCGACUGUUGAUGCAGGGAAAGGAAGUGGGCAGUAUCAUUGGCAAACGUGGAGACCAAAUUAAGCUAAUUCGGGAGGAAUCCGGAGCAAAGAUAAAUAUCUCUGACGGCUCAUGCCCAGAGCGAAUCGUCACCAUCACUGGAUCCCUGAAGACGAUCGACAAAUCCUUUGCCAUGAUCUGCAACAAGUUUUCUGAUGACAUGAAAGCCCUACCCAAUUCGGUGCCUAAGCCGCCGAUUACCAUGAGGAUGAUCAUCCCGGCCACCCAAUGCGGAUCAUUAAUUGGAAAAGGUGGCAGUAAAAUUAAGGAAAUUCGAGAGACAACUGGAGCAUCGCUUCAAGUUGCUUCCGAAAUGUUGCCAUCAUCUACAGAACGCGCUGUGACGCUGUCGGGGACUGCGGACGCUAUUGUGCUUUGCAUGAAGGAGAUCUGCAAUAUUUUGCUAGAGGCACCACCCAAAGGCGCCACCCUUCAAUACCGUCCGAAGCCGACGUUCAACCCGUUGCUGAUCGCCUCAUCGGCGGCCCAAGCGGCAGCUCAACAACAGGCUGUAGCUGCCCUUCUGUCUCAACCAUUCCAUGGUCAACCCAUCAUGGCCCAGGGAAAUGGAGCAGCUGAGCAGUUGACUCGAGCAGCCCAGCUGAGCGCGAUGAUGCCUGGUGCUCAACUUUCGAUGGGUGAUCCGACAGCUGCAACGUCAUAUGCUGGAUAUAUUCCGAUGUACGGUGGAAUGCUAAUGAGUGCCGGUGAUGCGUCCGCCCAAACUGCCAACCUGAUGAACGCCCAAAACCUCCAAGCGCAAUGGGCCAAAGAUGAAGCGAAAAAAUACGAACAGCUCGGUCUCGCCGGCCUCGGCCAAUAUGCUGCCCUCAACACCAGUAUGCUGCUCGGAACGCAUCUCGUCAAGGGCGCCUCACCACCAUCAUCAAAGGCAGCUACACAAGCCGGCCAAUCGUCAACCCGCUUCGCCCCGUAC